CCAGAUCUGACUUCUCUUGAAAAUAUUUUUGUCAAAAUCUACAAUAAUUAUUUUCAAACUUCAAAGGCCAUCAUGGUUUGUGAUUCUUUCCUACAGUCUACAGAUCCUGGUGUAAUACAAGUUUUGCAGCUCUGGUUUUCCUAACGAUAAUCUAUUGUUCUAACUGGCAUAGUUUAUUCUCUCUCUUCUUCGUCACUGGCUGAAGUAACUGGCAACAUUCUCUUGCCGGCGCCCGAACCAUAAUCAUCGUCCUCGAAUGAGUAAUUUGUUACUCAUUGUGAAUGGAAUAAUGUUUUGAAAUAAGCAGGUGAUCCUCUGAGCAGAAGAUGGAGGACAGUACGUCCAAGGCUUAUAAAGCCUAUAUAAUAGCCCCGUUGCUGGGAGCGCGGCACCUAGUUGAAGGCGUCAUGAUGAGCCCCAAGUUGUUUAGGGAGUCGGAGGUCGUCAGGACGAAAAUCUAUUGGACAAUAUUCUUCAACGCCGUAUGUGUGAUGCUGUUGGUGGGAGUCUUCCAUUUGUAUGGGCCAUUGGCGCUCACUGCACUGGUACAGCACCUGGCACAACUAGCUGAUUCAGUAGCCGGUGAAUACGGACUGCGCUUGAGCGUUCUCCGCAUGACGAAUGACUGGUUGGACGAGCUGCUCUUAGUGUAUCAUCUGAUCUUCUGGCUUCUCUGGGCCAUACCUCUCAUUGUGCUGACGAAAGUUUUAAGUUGCUUUUGGUACCAGGACAUCUCUGAUAUUGCAUGCAUCUUCUUUAAGCGAGAUGAACCACGCCGGUUCAAGCAGACGCCUAGAUCAGCGUCCAGCCAGUACACGGACGCUGUGUACAGCGCUCUCCUCUCGCUGGUGUUCAUGGUGCAGACAGCCGUCGUGCAGCAAGUGCCCUACGCCGGGCCGCUUCUAGCCCUAGUUCUCAACGGCCUGCUCGUCUCGCUGUAUUCCUUUGAGUACACCUGGUUUGACAGGGGGGUGCCGCUUCAAAAGCGAGUUGCGCUGAUCUCGAAGUAUUGGACGUAUUUCGCAGGCUUUGGUGUACCAGUAUCUCUACUGACGACUGUCAUUUUCUCAAAUUGGAUGUAUUCUUUGCCAUUAACGGCAAUUGUCUUCCCGUUUCUCAUCAUCACGGCAGCACAGGCCAAUGUGCCACAGAUACAUGAAGUUUCCGAGCCAGUCCAGGUGCCCAUAUUUUACCUGGCUUAUCGUGUUACGGAUGCUUUCAUCGCCCGCGUUCAUAGGUUCUUGAUCUUCCCACUGCAGCCUGGACAGCCUUCGGGAAGACAUGUGUCACUCUCCUGCUCAACAGAUUCCUACAUCUAGAUUUGGUUACCGUUA